AUGUCCGGAGACUUCAGCAGCGUGACGAGCCUUUUCAAACGAGCUAUAGCAAAGUUCCAAGAAUUUGCUGGGCUGAAACCGACCGGCGUUUUAGACAUGGACACCAAGAAGAAGAUGGCGGAACCGAGAUGUGGAGUGGUAGAUGUGCUGGCAGUGACUAGUGGAGGUGCCGCCUUCAAAUGGCGAAAAAAUCGUCUCACCUACUCAAUCGAGAAUUUCUCUCCCGAUUUGCCACGGGAAGAUGUCAGGCGAGCUAUCCGUGAAGGCUACGACACAUGGGCUGCUGUCACGCCACUCGAAUUCGAAGAGGUGCCAGCCGGCAGUGGAGCGGACAUCAAGGUUCGCUUUGGCACAGGUAAUCAUAACGAUCCGUGGCCGUUCGAUGGACAAGGCGGAGUAUUAGCUCAUGCUACUAUGCCGGAAAAUGGGGCACUCCAUUUCGAUGACGAUGAAAAAUGGACGUACAUGGACGCGAAGAAGAUCGCCAGCGGCGACUAUACAGAUCUUCUUGCUGUAGCGAUUCACGAAGGGGGACACACACUGGGCCUCUCGCAUUCGAGGGAUGAAACCUCCAUUAUGGCGCCGUUCUAUCAUGAAACGGUGGACUCAAGAGGAAACUACAUUAAGCCUACAUUGAAGUCCGACGACAUUUCCAGCAUCCAGGAUAUCUACGGUCCCCGAACUUCUCCUCGUCGACCCAGUGGCGGCUCGUCGUUCGGUGGCAGCGGCUUCGAUUCUGGUCGCGGAUCUUCCAGAGAUCGUGUAACCACUGAAAGGCCAACAACGAGAAGCUGGUUUGGACGAUUUUUCGGCGGCGAUGAUGAUCCCAAAGAUUAA